AUGCUGUCAGAGUUUCGUAUCUACGGUUCCUUUUAAAUACAGACUGCAGAGCGAAUGUGCAGCAGCCGCAUAACCUCAAUAUGAAAUCAUAAAUUGAUAAUAAUAUAAUUUAUAAAUACGUAUGAUCUGUGAACUAAUCGUCACACAUUUAAGCUGUAAAUAUAUAAUUAAUGGCAAUGCUACAAUUUGGCGGAACCAUGUGUAACGUGGUAACUAGGUUCGCCCCUCGUACGAUAUGGAGGAUUAAUUCGCAGCAGUUGUUAACACUCAGCAGUUCCGCAGCCCCUGUUCCUGACAUUGCUUCUAUUGUUGACAAGCAGCCCAAGAAACCAGUCCAACAGCAAACCAGUACAAAGCAGAGUAAACCGAAACUAAAGUCCGAAAACAAACUAGUCGAAGCGGCAUUUGCCGCAAUACUGAAUGACACGAAAACAGUGGCCGAUAGGUCUUCAAAAUCCUCCAUUAGAAAAGAUAUUUCUGAGGCUAAUACCAUCGACAAGUUAUUAAGCAUAGCAGGAAAUGAGAAAAUAUCUCAAAGAGAUGGUCUCAACAUUAUGUCUAUUCUCUCCGAGUGGAUUAAUGCAAAGACAAUCACUCCGGCAGACUUUGAGAAAGAUCCGAGGUUCUUGUCACUUUGCAAACAGCUUGCAGGACAGGCUGAACAAUCGACAAUAUCCAAACCCCACGAACAUGGUGAUUUAAAAACUGUGCUCAGCCUUGCGGGAGAUGAUGAGGCAGCAAAACUCAUUUCUACCCUAUCUCUCGCUCAGAUGACCCAGGUACUUACCACCUUGGCUCACAAGCGGAGAAGAUCCCUACCCAUAUUGAGAUCUUUGUCGUACCAUAUCUCUCGCAGCACUGAGAAAAUGAAUGUCAAAGAAUGUGCUGACAUUCUAUUUUCAUUGGCUGUGCUGAACUUUCCAGAUGAGGUACUGAUGGAGAAAGUUAGCUCAGAAUUAAUCAUACGUAUUCCUGAGAAUAAUGGUACCGCUGUAAUAGGCUCAGUCGUAACAUCCUUGGGCUUUCUCCGAUAUAAAAAUACCGAACUGUUGGAUGCGUUAUGCGAAUGGAUCUUGGCAGAGCCACGAUCACUGAAGCCACAGUAUAUCACAUCCCUGUUGUUAACUUUAGCCACUGUUCUACACAUACCGUUCAACAUGACAGAAUUGCAAAAGGCAUUCAUAAAGCCAUUAAAGGAGACUGAUGUAUCCGCUUCGGAAGUAUGGCUUGAUGUUGUCUGGGCAACUGUAAUUCUAGGAAUAGCAGAUCCUGUCCAAGUUGCUUGCACCUUGGACUCAGUUUUUAUCCAAAAAUUGACAGACUUACAAUGUCUGACGAUGCCAAGGAAGGUGAAGCUGCUCAACGUUAAUGCUGCAGCCAAAUUACUAAUCCCAAAUUAUACGGGGCCAUUUUUAAACGAAGACCUCAAUUCGCAUGAGACAUUCAUCAAUAGACCCAAAGAGAAACAGCUCUAUGUUACCUCCGUGCACGAUACCCUUUCCAAUCUAUUCGCUUCAUCAACUUGUCUGAAAAUCAAUGAGAACACCGGAAUGGGCUUUAUUAUAGAUGCGGAAUGCUAUGUGGACGAUAAAUGCAAUCCACUACCGAUUGGUCAAGCGGCGAAACACAGUAAUGCUACGAGACUUGCGGUGAUUAGCCUUUAUUACAACGACUUUUGCCGAGGGGUCCAAGAGUGUGUGGGUUUAUAUUCGCUGAUCAUCCGACUACUACAAGCUAAGGGAUACAAAGUAGUGCUUGUACCUUAUACAGAAUUUAAUCCACAGGAUAAAUUAGUAACACGUGUUAAAUACUUAAAGGAAAAAAUACGGUUAACGGUUCAGUCGAGUAGUACCUAGGGUCAAAUUUCAUAAUUUGUUACUAUUAAUCCGUGAUUAAACAAUUAACAAAUUAAUUGAAGGGGGGGGGGGGGGGGGGGGAAUAUGCGAAUGGCACACCAUUGUGAACGACAAUUGAGCAAGUUUAACUUGACCCAUUUCUCAAAAGGUCGAUCAAUGUUAUGCCAUUAUUUUUUUCCUUACGAAACACAAAAUUCUAGACGUGAAAAUCGAAGAACUACUUUCGUAACAAAAACAUAAAUC